AUCUUGGACCCCACCAUUUUCUUAAUAACGUGUCGUUCGAGUUAACUUUUGCACACCUUAACUAAAUUUAUGAGAUAUAAAACACCUUUCAUCGAAAACAAAUAUACCUCAGAUUCUUAUCUCACUUUAUUCGGCCACACUCUUGGAUGGCCCAUCACUUCUCAAUAACUAUGGAUUUAGCUAAUUUUCGUACAUUUUAACUAAAUUCACGAGAUAUCUAACACUUUUUACUCGAAAACAUAUGUUAGGCAACUCGAGACCUCGUAUUCUUGUUCCACUUUAUUAACCGCUAAGUCACACUCUUAUUUGGCCCACCACACUUUUUUUCCAAGAGAGUGAUCUAUGCUAUCUAUAGUUUUUCCUAAUUUUUCAAGAAAACGAAACGUGGCUUACGCAACCCCCACCCCCGCUCACCCCCACCCCACCCACCCCAAAACCCAUUUUCUUGAAUCCCAUUUAGUUGAAUUUGGCUAAAGAUUUCACCUUUUCUCCAUAUUAUAUGUGUUUGGUUUAGUUAUCAAGAUUUGUCUAAAAACAGUUAUUUGUAGGUGGAGAUGAAAGUGUCCCCUUUUUCUUUGAACCCCAUUUAGUUGAAUUUUGCUAAAGAUUUUCUACAUAUUUUAUUUAUUUGUUUGGUUUAGUUAUCAAGAUUUGUCUAAAAAUAGUUAUUUUGUAGUUGGAAAUGAAAGUGUCCCCUUUUUAUUUGAACCUCAUUAAGUUGAAUUUAUCUAAAGAUUUUACCUUUUCUACAUAUUAUAUGGUGUUUGGUAUUCAAGAUUUGUCUAAAAACAGUUGAUGUGUAGUUGGAAAUGAAAGUGGUGGUGGAGAUUUUCUCCAUGUGCUAGGCUAUAUUUGGUAGAAGUAAUAUUUUUUGUUUGUUUCUUUAUUAGCUAAAGUUUAUUGCUUUUCUUUCUUUACUUUGUCUUAAAAUAGACUUUUUGAGGGCUAAGUAUACCAUCUUAUCUUGUUUAAUUAGGUUGGCUUGAAAUUGACUAGCAAUUAGUUUUCUUUAUUUGUGUAUUAGUUGUUUCUGAAGAAGAUUGGAAGAACCAAAAAGCUUGAUCUGACUUGGUGAAUUUGAAGUGGGGUUGCAGUUUUUUUGGAGCCUAUUUUCCGAAAUUAGAAUUGCGGCGAUACAAGUGCUGGUGGAUUUUGGCCCCUCUGUAUAACCAUUACACCGUGGAACGUGAAAGAAGAAAGUUGAUUUAUCUGCUUUCUAAUGUUUAAUCACCUCGGAGGUGGAACAUGGAAAACACAAACAUCAAGGAUGGCUCUAACAAAGAAGAUUUAUUGCACUUUGUGAACAAGGAAGAACAGGCAGAGGAGAAUAGUUGUUUGUCGACAAGAUUAAUAGAAGACUUAGAACCACAACACCUUCUUAGACUAGGAAACCCGUGUUUUACUGAAAAUUGCACGCAGAAACUGUUCUUUCAUAGUUCGUUUGGCUUACAAAAUAAGCUUCCAAAGCAUAUAAUAAGCUUUGACGAAAGGUACUUGCUUCGCUGCCUUGAGUUGGUACACGUCCAUUCCACAUGUAAUUUCUCUUCAAAAAUGCAAAUUUCAUCGAAGAGUUCAGGUUCAAGAGAGGUUAGAAAUGAAAAUAUAUGCACUAAUGGCAAUCUGGCAAUUGAAUGUCCUCAAGCUGCGGGGACUGAGAGUUAUGUCCCUGACUCCUCUGCGGAGUGGAUUCUUGGUGCAAUAACUGGUAGUAAGAGUAUGCUGAACAUUUUAAAGAGUCCUUUACUUAAUCAAUUGGGAUCUGUCAACUGCACCGUUGAUUCUGGAAAGGAAAAUAUACAUGAUAGUGAAGAAGCAGUUUUUUCUGAUUUCAUGAGCUCUCCCGGUGGUUUUAGUGUCAGUUCAUCGCAGAAGCUACAGAAGGAGAUGACAGGUUCAGAAUAUCACGUACAUGGAUCUGAACCUGUACACAGAAGGGUACUUUCUGUAUCUAGUACGGCAUCGACAUGCUCAGAUCAAUCUUGUCUUUCAGCAGCUGCCCCUAUUUCUCAAGGAAUGCUCCAGAGGCGAUGGAAAAAUGGUUUACCGCAUUAUGUCUUUUCCAUAGAUGGUAAAAAGGAUGUUUAUGCAGCUGAUUUGCUGAAGAUUGACUCACCCGAUGAUAAGUUUCUGGAUUAUGUUUACACAUUUCAUUCAAGACCAGAAGGCAAAAAGGAACGUGGCUUCUCUGCAAGGGAAUCACAUCUUGUAGGUAAAAUGACAGUGUCAACUUCUGUUACACUCAGCUCAACCAAGUUGGAGAUUAUGGAGACCCGAUUUGUCGUGUUUGGUUCCAUGGAUCAAUAUAUGGAUGAGAUACAAACAAGUCAUACGCUCAGGAAGAACAAAAGGUUGGCAAAGAAAGUAACAGAUGUGUUCAGAACUAGUCACUCUUAUAAGCAGAGAAGCUUAUCCAAGUUCGGGGGAACAAAUUCCAUUCUUGAAGAUGCUUCUUGGACACCAUCCGUAGAUAUGUAUGAUGAUUAUUAUUCAUGCGGCAAUGCUCUUUUAGAUCAACAAAUCCCACCGAAUUUUGAGUUGGCUGCCAUUGUUACGAGAGAUCCUAUUUAUGACAGACCCAAGGAGACAGAGACGGGUGGCUGGGGUAUGAAGUUUCUCAAGAAAUCCUCGACUGGAAGUAAAAACGCACCUCCUCAAGCAUCGAUGGAAUGUUGUUCACGUGAUACCAGUGAUUGCUCAACAAGCAUGGAUGUUAUAGUUCCUACUGGUUUUCAUGGUGGACCUAGAAGCAGACAUGUUGGGCCGUCAAGCCUGUUGGAGCGAUGGAGCUCUGGUGGGCACUGUGAUUGUGGAGGCUGGGAUCUCGGGUGCCCUCUCACAGUUCUUAAAACCGGAAAUGAAGCUUCAUCACUAACUACCACAUCUGGAGACUGCGAAACUUUUGAUCUCUAUUUACAGGGUUCAAAACAAAGCGCACCUGUCAUGAAAAUUUCAAAUAUUCAUGAUGGUUUGUAUUACAUCCAUUUUCAUUCAACUCUAUCAGCUUUGCAGUCCUUUGCCAUAGCUGCUGCUUUCAUUCAUAGACGUAGUCCUUUCCUACGGCCAAAACUGUACAGGAAGUGAAGUAAGAGUUAUGGUAUCUAUUGUUAUAGUUCCUCUACUUUAAAAGAUGUCAGACAAAUUGACCGUUAGAAAUGGUUCAUGAAUUUAUGUUAGCUGGUAGAUUAUUAGAUAGGAAAUUCGUUAGCUCAUAUAUUAUCAUUUUGUUAGUGUAAUGAAUGAUACACUUUUAGAAGCAGCGGUCAAUGUACAAAUCGUCUAUUGGAUCAGGGGCAUCCAUUUGUACCGUAAAAAGUUGAUUGCCUGAAGCAUAUUGUGUUUUUUUGA